CAUGGUGCUGCAAAACAUCAACCGCACCAGUCAACCUAGAAGAAGUUUUUGAAGUAAGAACUUGAAGAUCUGUAGUUGAAAUUUGUAAAGAAUCCAUCGUCCCCAGUAAGUAGUAUAGUUCAUAGCACUCCGCCUCCUCUGCUUCUUCUAGCAACGAGAUCAUAAGGUAGUAAAGCUAAAGUUUAUAUAAAAAAGUAAACUAAGAACUGCUAGAACACUAAGAACUACAACACCAAGUUGUGAACUAGUACUAAGGAGCGUAAGCUGCUAAGGACCGAGAACUACUUCUCCUAGAGAGCUUCAAGAAAAUGUACGCUUACGGAGUUCUAGCUGAGGGUACCGGGAGUGGCCCGCUCGGUCCCAUCUUGUACAACCGCAAUGCAGUCGACCCCAAAACAGGUAAGCCUGACCCUCGUGCCCUCCUUCGCGGCAGCCGCGACGAAGACAUGGCCACCGGUUCCAUUGUACAAUUGUGGCGUCGCCAAUGCCAAGCCGCACCAGAUCGAAACGCUGUGGGGUUUCGUAAACUGCUCAAAGUCCACAUGGAAGCGGAUCCGAAAGACACGUCGGAGAGUCCGAAGAAGUUUGAGAAGCUGGAGUUGGCAAACGAAGUCACUUUCUGGAACGCACGGGAGCACUUUAUGCGCGUCCGAGCAAUCGCUUGUGCCUUGAAGGAAGAAAAAAUGUUUUCUGCUCAUGACAACAAGGUCGUGAUCUAUGCCGAAACUCAAGCGGACUGGUUGUGCUCGGCUUUAGCUGCAAUGUCGCAGAACGUCCCGAUCGUCACUGUGUACGCCAGUCUCGGUGCUGACGGUGCUGGAUUCGCUUUGCAGCAGACUCAAGCUAACGUCGCGCUUGUGGACCUCAAAUUGGCCAAAAUCCUGAAAAAGAUUCUCAUGGAGCAAGAUAAAUCUGGGGACCAAGUGAGUUUCUUGCAAAACGUCAUUUUCAUUGGGUCCCGUGCUCAAGCGGACGCAGACACGCUUGCCUUCUUCGAAGGACGAGAAAAACAACAACCGGCCUCAAGCACAUUUCGAGUUCACUUCCUCGAUUCUUUGGUCGCAAAAUACAAUCAUGACGAUGGUAGCAAUACUUUUCUACAAGACAGUUCUUGGAUUGUCUCUACAACCAAAGCCUCCGAUCCAGCCGUGAUCAUGUACACCAGUGGUACAACCUCUGCUCCGAAAGGUGUCGUUCUGUCCCAUGGCAACUUGGCAGCUUUGCUGAAUUCCACGGAGCCUAUCCUGAAAACCGCGCCCAACGUACCGUCCGACGGAACUUAUUUAGCGUAUUUGCCUCUGGCGCACGUGAUGGAGCUAGCUACCGAAACGACGGCUUUGGUGAACGGCUUGUCGGUCGUCUACGGCAGUCCACAUACGAUUAACGAUAGUGGAGUGAAGCUAAAAGUUCCAGAAUCGAAAGGAGACCUUUCGGUUGUGCGUCCGCACAUCAUGCUCUUCGUGCCUGCCGUUCUAGACAAACUUUACGCAGGAUUGAACACAAUUUUCGAACAAAGGGGAGGAAUGGGUAUACUACUUAGCACUACUUAUACUAAGAUAUAGAAGUCUUACAUGUUUAGUUACAUCUAGAAGCAGUUUUCGAUUUCGUCCAAGUGUGAUGCAGUUAUACUUUUAGUGUCACGGAAAUUAUGCCUUUUUUCUUGUAACUUUCUAAAGUGAUCAUCGAUCAUCAGGAGAAUCUUUUGCGCUCCAAUAAGACUGUCGUUAGACUUCUCGUUGGGAUGUCAUCUCCAUGAUAUGCACAACUGAUCGAAAUCACCACAGCCAAAUAUCUCUACCUCGGUGCCUUGAAGAGUGGUAAACGGCGUUUGCACCGCAGUUACGCCACCAAAGCUGGCGAUGGUCUCGUCGACCCCCUUGUUGGCGCCAACUGCUUCUAUGAAUCCCUACUCAUGAAGAAGAUCCGAGCCCGACUCGGUGGCCGCCUUUGCGCUACCGUCGCUGCGUCGGCGCCAGUCUCCAAAGAACAACUAGAAUUUUUCCAGACUAUCCUAGGGUGUCCGAUGCGCCAGGCUUAUGGGUUGACGGAGACCUGUGGAGCAAGCUGUGUCGUGGACUGGCGUGACAACACACCAGGAAUGGUUGGGCCACCGACGAAGAAAACGGUAUCUACUUUUAUCCUACUUCAUGAUAGGAAUGUUCAGGUAUCUAUAGUAUCACAGAAAUACUGUCAGACCACGUCUCUACGGUCACCAUGAACGGUGAUAACAGGGACAACAGCAUGCAUUCUAGUUCUUGUUUUAUUCUUAGAAAGAAACUUUCAGCUUCGAAGAUCUUCUCACUUUGUUGUAACUCUAGUAGAAGUACGAGGACCCAAUUUUGAUGAAAAUAAGCAGUACGACCGGGUUAACUAUAUCAUCAUCAUCAUCAUACAGGUCGUUCGCCUUUUGGAUUGGGAGGAAGGAAAUUAUCGCAAUAGCGAUGUCAGAGAUCCGAAGAUUGCUGUGCCACGAGGGGAAAUCCUCAUUGGAGGACCCCAAGUCUGCCAGGGAUACUUCGUUCCCGGUCGUAGUUUGGACUCAGAAAGUUUGAGACAGGAAGAACGCAAAGCUGUCAGCUCGUCCAAGAAUGACGACAAGAAGAAUGUUGGGGCUAAUGAAGCUGCUCCGUCUACUGCUGCAUCCUCUACGGUUGGUUCUCCGACCAAGGUGGAUGACGAAGACGAAGAAAAAGUAGCAGAGGAGUUGGCUGAGAAAGUAGUCGCAGAAUUGGCCACUAGCUUGAGUCUGACGGAAGCUGACUUGGAAAUGGUGGGAAAAAAUCGCGCUGAAUUUUUCGACAAAGAUGGCUUCCGUUGGUUCCACACGGGUGAUAUCGGCUGCGUCACCCCGUCUGGCUGCGUCAAGAUCAUCGACCGGAAGAAAGAUCUGUGGAAAGGACCGCAGGGAGAAUACGUUGCUUUGACUAAGGUCGAGUCGGCUUGCAAGUUGUCACCUCUGAUCGAAAUGUGCAUGUGCUACGGUCUGCAGGGAGGUCAAUAUCCGGUUUUGAUGGUUGUGCCGAAUAAAAAGAACUUAAUGGCCCAACAAGCCACGACAAUCUCUCUGGAACAGCAAGAAGCUACUAUCUUAGCCUCCAUCGUAGCCGAGUGCAAGAAAGCGGGUUUGGUCGCUUUUGAAAUUCCGAAGAAGGUAGGCAUAUGCGAAGGAGCGUGGACACCAGAAAAUGGGUUGCUGACAGCGGCUAUGAAAAUCAAGCGUCCUGUCAUCGCUCAAGAAUAUAAGUCAUUGAUCGAUCGACUUUAUGCGGAAGCCUGAUAUGCUUGAUGUUGUACGUCGAGAGGAAGUAAUGAUAAUCAGAUGAAAUGGAGCUUGUUACUAGCAAUCAGAAAAGGUCGUUGUUGCUCGUCUUUAGUGUCCGGGCACUAGUGUUUCAUAUUUUUUUCUUCUGUCGUAUUUCUCGUGAAGAUCAACACGACAUAGUAUCCAUUGUUCUUGUUGGCCGCAAACAAAUAUCGACUACAUAGCAGCAAAUGUUUUGGUCUUUGGCAUGUUGACGUUUCUCUCUUCAUCAUGAUCAUGACGCACCACAUAUAAUAGAAGUUUAUAUCUUCGGAAUUCCACUAUAUCUUCGCAUCUUCAUGACUUCAAAACCUGUAACUUGCUUCGUAUCUUCUUCUUCUUCUUCAUCUAAAAACGGAAUUUCCCGUCUUCAUAGUACAUGGCACCUGGAAAAUCAAAGUUGUUUUCCAUCAGUCACUAUGACUUUGAUGAAGCAAAGACUGUCAUAUACACGCGCCACACUUAUUGACUAGCAUAUGUUGAAGCAAAGACUUUAAUGACCCACGACUGUGAAGAAACGAAGAUCAAGAUUAACAUAAUAGGAAUUUUCAAAAAUAACCAUACUUACAAGAAAACUGUACGCAUUUCAAUGUCUCUCUCUUUCCCCUGUAGAAAUGAUCAUUGUUGGCGCUUUGGCUAUUUUUUUUCCAAGUCGGCCGGGCUUCUCUACUCGAAGGAGUAGAUAUCUUUAACAUCCCUCAGUGCUGCUCUAGACCGAGGAAAAAAAAAACCGAGGUCUGGGGCGAGAGACGGGGAUGCCCUGAACUUGAACUUGAACUUUCCAAUCCCGAAGGAAUUUAUUGAAUCCCAAUUGAAUCCCAAAAGAUUAGAAAAAUGAACCGCGGGUUGGAGAAAAAUAUUUGUUUUUCUUGGCUCGACCCUACUACAGACCGGAGUUUAACCUUACAGAAGCUUGCCAAAAACCAUCCCUCAGGACGUUCUACUUUUUUUCUUCGAGUAAAUCGGAACUAAAUUUCGUUAAAUUGAAG